AUGCCACCCCGGCCCUCGUUUCCUUCCUCGCCCACAAUCCACCGAGUCCAACAAAUCGACUUGUCGGAAGACACUGACGAGGACGAUUUGAUAUCUCCGGCUCAUAAGAAACGCAAGCCGAAUUCCACCUUUGAAUCUGCGCAAUCACCCAGUCUCCCUUUGCUCAGGAAAUCGAAACGGUUGAAUCCCAGCUCCUCUUCUCCUCCCAGACAACUAUCAAGCCCAGAACGCGAGGAUGCUGGAUUCCCCAGCUCUCCACCUCCUCGAAGAUCAGGAAGACUACAUCAAAUCUCCUCCCCAGCCAAUCGACACGUUACCUUCUCUGAACUUGGGUCGCCGGAGACGAGUGGCGAUGACGAUCUUGUGAUGGCAACGAAGCCUGCACGGCGCAGGAAAUCAAGACUUGAGCGGAAUGACCCCUUCAUUGUCAAUGAUGACGAACAGUACCUGUCAGACUGGGAGAGCCGCAAAAGGUCGACACCAAAGAGGAAGAAAAGUAGAGGCCAUGAUUUCGUGGUGGACGAUGAUGAUGUGGAAUUUCUCUCCUCCGAGGAUGAGGGCGACAGAGUGAGAGCACAGCCACGGACCAAGUCGCGAAGAUUGCUGUCGAAGCGCAAAUCCUCCAAAGUGUUUCACGGGCGAACCAAGGAGGAACAAGAUGAACUGGAGGAAGAUCUCCAGGACUUACAAGAUUCGGACGGGGAAAUAAGUGAGCCGAGGGCACGAACUAGGGGGGGUCCUGUCACCACACAGCGAGACAAGACUAGAGAGCAUUUGGAGCUCUUGAAGCGAAGGCGUGCGGGCGAAAAAGCCCCAUUCAUUCGUGACUCGGACGAAGAAUCACAUGAAAGAUCGGAACCCGUUGACCUUGAUCUUAUCGGUCAGCCAGAUAACGAUGUUUCCAGCGACGAGUCUUCGAAUUCUGCAGGCGGCACGGAUCACGCGACCGACAACUACGACGAACAAGAGGAGGAAGACGCCUUUGUUAUUGACGACUCAAGCGGAAGAAGACUCGGUCGACCACAUCCGGAUAUACCGUUACAGUUCACAUCAUUUGCCUCAGCUAAGCCAAAAGAACUGUUCCCUCACAUCAUCGAGUGGAUGGUCAAAAACAAAAUCGCGCCAGCCUUCAACCGCGAAGAUCCAUUAUACAAUCUCGCUUUUGAUCGCCUGGAUGACCAAGUUAAAGCUCAGGCAGGAAGUCGGCUUAUCUCAGCAGCAUGGGGUGCCGACUUCAAACGAGCGAUACUGGCAAGGCCGAAUAUGAAAGUCGAAGCAUUGCCGGGCGAAGACUACGAGCACAUGCGAACCUGCGACGCUUGUAACCGCACCAACAAUCCUGCUCGAUAUGAAUUCGUUUUCUCCGGCGAACCGUACUACAAGAAAACACUCGAACCGGUUGACAAUUCGGGGUCGGAUGAAGAUACGGAAGACGGCCAUGACGGGGAUAGUAGCACCACCUACGACGAGACUGGCCAUGCCAUUCCUUCGCGACAAAUACGCUUCUAUCUGGGUCGAUUUUGCGCUGCCAAUGCCGAAAUGGGCCACAAACUCACACAUUGGAAAUACCAUCUCAACGAUUCCCUCAUGAGCUAUCUCGAAGCACAAGGCGUGCUGUCCGCGGAGUCCAUCGUCUCCCGUGAAAAGAUGAAUAAAAAGCAACGCGAAAAGGAAGCAGAGAAUGUUGUAGACACAAUGAAUGAGACGGGUGUGAUUGCUGAAUUCUGGCGUGAUUUUGAAAAUGAUCUCAACGACGCGAGACUGGGUAUGGAGGACUUUGAAAAGCGAGGUGGAAGGUCAAAGGGAAGAGUUGGGGCGAUCCGAGUGACAACGGGUGGGCUUGUGAGGGAAUGGAGCAACGACAAAUAUCAAGCGACGAAGGCCAUGGAACCAGGUUCAGAGGAAGAGUAA